GAACCAACGGCGUCACACGCUGCUUAUCGGUUGCUCCUUAUUUUCGACCUAAAUAUUCUCCACAAAUUCCGUUUAUUGUCUUUAGUUUGGACAGAAUGGAGCUGUUUCGAAGCCGGCUUUGUGACCGUGAACUUUGGUGAUGGAGGAGAAGGUGCUCGGGAUCGCCCCGCACUCGCUGGCCGUGGUGUUGUCGAGGUUGAGCGGCCACCGUGAGGACGAGACGUCGGUCACCCCACCGGUGCCAGCAGCAGUGGCGGCCGGCUACCAGGUGUUCGCGGACUUCAAGGCCACCAACAUGCAACAUUUCUGGAACCAGGCGCUCACCCGGGCCCUGGCUGAGGUCUUCUUCCUGGGCUGGUUGGACGAGCACGUGCUGCUGAUCCGCGGCCGAGAAGAUCACCUGCAAGUGCUGCGGAAUGGAUGGACAAGAAGGACCCUGAAGGCUCCGCCGGGUUUCCACAUCACCUCCUUAGGUGACGUGUCGCCCAUCAGCAUGUCGCCCAUCAGCCAGUCACAGUUCAUCCCGCUGGGCGAGAUCCUGUGCCUGGCCAUCUCGGCCAUGAACGCCGCCCACAAGCCCGUCAGCCAGGAGGCUCUGGUGGAGCACCUCAGCGCCAGCUUCCCAGGCGUGCCCACACCCAGCUUGGAGGUUCUGCGACACACCCUCAACAUGCUGGUGCGAGAAAGAAAGAUCUACCCGACUCCAGAGGGCUACUUCAUCGUCACACCCCAAACCUACUUCAUCACGCCGUCCCUCAUCCGAAGCAACAACAAGUGGUACCACCUGGACGACCGGCUGCAGGAGCGACAAGCGGCGCCGCCGCCGCAACCUCAGCAGUGUACUUCGCCCAAGUCGGGGAACGUCACGCCGUCGGCGGCGCCCGUUUGCCCGUCGGAGAAGCCCUCCCGGAAGAAUCACGGCGACUCGUACAAUUCCCGACGCGACGAGCCGCCGCCGAGGCUUCAGGGUAAGACGCCGAAGGAGCAGCAGAGUAAGACCCCCAAGGACCACGGCCAAGCGCCGGCCAGCAAGGAGCAGCGAGGAGAACCGCCGUCCUACCCCUACCCGCCCCCCCGCACGUCCCCCCCUGUCCAGCAAGAUCCGGCAGACAAGAGCAAAAGCGUGACGUCCUUCCCGUACAAAACGGACACCCUGACCAAAAAGAAAGAGGCCAGCGGAAGCGGUGAGAAACAAUCCAAGCGCUUCGGCCUGCGCCUCUUCCGCCUGAGCUUCAAGAAGGACAAGAUGAGGCAGCUGGCCACUUUCUCGGCCCAGUUCCCGCCGGAGGAGUGGCCGUUGCGCGACGAGGACGUCCCCGCCGCGCCCAUCCCCCGCGAGAUCGAGAUGGAGAUCAUCCGGCGUAUCAACCCCGAUCUGACGGUGGAGAACGUGGCCCGCCACACGGCCGUGAUGAAGCGGCUGGAGGAGGAGCGCACGCAGAAACACAAGGCGGGCUCGUCGGCGCAGCACAGCGCCCGCAGCCGCCGGGGCCGCGGCCACCGGCGGGUCCCGCACGGUAAGUCUCGCUCGCACAGCAAGCCGCGGACUUCCCGAGGGGAGCCGUCCGAGGGUUCCAACUGGGAUCUUCUUUUCAUGGAAAGGGAUUAUCGCUUCUUCAGCCACUCGCUGGUCCGCUCCCCUCGGGAGGCCAUGUACACCCUGGAGCGCCGGCGUAGCGGCGGCGGCGGCGGCGCCGCCACGUACCUCGUCCACAGCAACCCCAACAUCACAGAGUCCUACUGCCCCGUCACGCCCGAGUGGGACGUGUCCGGGGAGCUGGCCAAGAGGAGGACGGAGAUGCCCUUCCCCGAGCCCUCCCGGGGCACCUGCCAGUCUAGGGUCCAGAGGAGUCACAGUCACAAUCAGGAGCGCAAGUCGCGCCACGACCGCUCGGACCAGGCCAAGGAGCGCUCGCGUUCCAUGGACAAUUCCCUUAAAGGGCCGUCGCUCGGCCCGCCCGAAGACUUUGAGGACGGAGCGGAGGAGCGGGGCGGCGUCGGCGGCGCCGCCCACUACUACACGGACGACGGCACCCUGCGCGCCUCGCAGAAGUCGGCCCACUACUCAAGGAUCAUGUUCUCUGCUGCUAAGUUCCACUCGGAUUUCAAUGUGCCUGAUUUGGGGAAAGGGAGCGCGGACGAGUUGAGGCUCCGCAGUAGCGCCGAGAGGAACAAGAGCAGAGACAGCCUGCCGUCCUACAACGAGCUCAUGGGACUUUCUCCCAAGCCCUCGGCGGACGAAUACUUCCAGUGCAAUACGUCAAACGAAACAAUCCUAACUGCCCCCUCGCCUCAGGCAAAAUCGGAAUACGACACGUUAACCUCAUCGGGAGGACGCCGAAAGGGCUCUCCGGCAGACCGCCAAACGCCUCACCUCACUUCUCCGCACAAGGUGGAGUACAAGGAGGACUUGGCCAAGGGUCAAAACGGCGGCGGCGGCGGCGGAUCGCUGCGACUGACGCCCAGCCAGACGCCGGAGCCGGCGCAGAGCGCCCGCCUGACGCCGCACCAACACAACGUGGACCCCGGCGGGGGCGGCGGCGCCAUCAAGAGGAAGGAGAUCUUCAGCAAGGACACCUUGUUCAAACCCCCCCCACACAAUGCCUUGUCCGCGGGCUACGCGGACAGCAGCUACACCAAGUCCGGCACAUUGCGGAAAGCCUCGCACGCCAAAUCAACAGAGGCCCUCGACAAUCCUGAGCCCCAGCAGCCUUCCAAUUCCGCCGCUUCCUCCGCCUCGCCCGCCAUGUUGCAGGCCUGCCUCGAGCCAACCGUCCCGCCCGCCUCCUUCGACUACUACAACGUCUCGGACGACGAGGACGACGAGGAGGCGGAGGAGGACUCGCACAAAGAGUUGGCAAAGGCGGAGGACGGCAAGGACCAUCGGGAAGCGGGCGGUAAAGGCGGCGGCGGCGGCGGCGGCACCGUCGUGGGCGGCGGCGGCGGCGCCGGGGAGGGAACCAUCAAGUGGCUCCUGCAGCGGGAGAAGGAGCACGACCUGCAGCGCAAACUGGAGAGCAACCUAACCUUGCUCAGCCCCAAGGAGACGGAGAACGGCAGCAGUCAGAAGUCGGCCCACUCGGCGCGCUUGGACAGCAUGGACAGUAGCAGCGUCACCGUGGACAGCGGAUUCAACUCGCCCAGGACGCGCGAGAGCCUGGCGUCCAACACGUCCAGCAUCGUGGAGAGCAAUAGGCGGCAGAACCCGGCGCUGAGCCCCGGGCACCACGUGGGCCCGGGCGGCGCGGGACUGCCCUUCAGCUUCCGCGCCAUCCCCGAGCCGCCCGCUCCGUCGCAGCCCGACAAACUGCAGAAGCCCGCCAACUGCCUGGCCUCCAUCACCAGCGUGUAGAAGCCAGGGGACGACUUUUUUUUUUUUUUGCUUUUCCUUUUUUUUUUUUCUUCUGGUAUCUCACACGUUCACACACCUUGGGACUCUGGAGAAUCUUACUGGGACUGUUACAAACAAACAAACAAACAAAAAACAGGCAUGGCUUCUAGAGACUGUUCCCACAGCUUCAACAAGAACUUGACUGCAAAAAAAAAAAAAAGAAGAAAUCAUAAGGAAA